GGCAAACUAAACGUCUCGAUAAUCAAUGGCAAAGAGUUUCUGCCUUUCGAUACGAAACGGUUGUCAGUGUUUUGCGGAGCGCCUGACGGACAGCAAUGCGUUUACGCCGGAGAUAUACGAGUCAAUCAACAGUUAGGCUUAACGACACUGCAAUUAAUGUUUUUGAGGCCGUCGCUCAAUGUACAUAUUCAACCUGUUCCCGAGCACCUGGGGGUUCACCGGCCACUACAAGGACUACUCAAACCCGGGUAUUAUCAACGAGUUCGCCACCGCAGCCUUCAGAUGGCAUUCAUAGGCCGUCGCUCAAUGUACAUAUUCAACCUGUUCCCGAGCACCUGGGGGUUCACCGGCCACUACAAGGACUACUCAAACCCGGGUAUUAUCAACGAGUUCGCCACCGCAGCCUUCAGAUGGCAUUCAUUGAUUCAGAGUUUUUACCACUUGGUAAACUCAGAGGGAGAGUACACAUCGCACCCACAGCUCAGGGAUAUAUUCAACGAUCCGACGCCUCUCUAUAAACCGGGUGUCGUCGAUGAGGUCCUAUACGGCACAGUAGUCCAGCCCUCGCAGAAAUUUGAUGGCAUUGUCACAGAAGAGUUGUUUCGGGCGCCAAAAGCCAAGUUUGGCGGCGAUUUAAUCGCCACAAACAUACAGAGGGGUCGAGACCACGGACUCCCGCCCUAUAAUAAAGUGCGAGAGGUGUGCGGUUUGGGACGCAUCAAGAGCUUUGACGACUUGAACCGAGCGUUUGGUCCGGGAAUAGGUUCACAAUUCGCCCGAUUGUACAAAAGCGUUGACGAUAUCGACCUCUUUUUGGGCGGCAUUCACGAGCGCACGGCUUCCGAGGGUAUUCUCGGACCGGUGUUCGCCUGUAUUGUCGCCGAACAGUUCAAACGGACUAAAGAGGGCGACCGGUUUUGGUUUGAGAAUAUUGGCCUAAGCCAUUCGUUUACUGAAGGUCUGUUUUUGAAGUUGUCAUGUUAA